UCUAUGGGGCGGGUUAUGGGGGUCAUUGGGCUCUAUGGGGCGGGUUGUGGGCCCUGCCCCACAUCUCCCCCCAUGUGUGGGGCAGGGAGAGCUGGUUCGAGGACAACCAUGGGGCCGCGUUGGAAUGUGUGGGGCUGGCGGCGUCCACGGGCCCCGAUGCCAUGAUGCAGCUGAAGGUGACGGCCAUGAUGGACGCCAACAUCUGCGCUGCCAUUAACAAGAGGAUGCAGGAACCAGGGGCCGAGGUGACGCCGGAGCUCAUCAUCGCGGCCAUGGGGGGAGAGAUCGCUCCCUCCCUGCCCUUCCUGACCCCGCAGCAGAACCAGCACUUUGGGGCCUCCCUGCGGCGCUUGGACAGCGUGGCCCAGGCGGCGGCGGCGCGGGGGGUGCCGCUGCUGAUGGACGCGGAGCAGAGCUACCUGCAGGGGGCGCUGCGGCUCCUCACGCUCGCUCUGAUUGGGCGGCACAACCGGGGGGCGGAGCCGCGCGUCUGGAGCACGGUGCAGGCCUACGUGCGCGGGGCUGAGCAGGUGCUGGCCAUGGAGGCCUCGUGGGCCCGGCGCUAUGGGGCGCGCUAUGGGGUGAAGCUGGUGCGAGGCGCGUACCUGGAGGAGGAGCGGCUCCGGGCCCACAAGUUGGGGGUCCCGGACCCCCUGCACCCCACGUUGGAGGCCACACACCGCAGCUAUGGGUCCUGCCUGGAGCUGGCGCUGUCAUUGGUGGUUCAGGACCAGGCCCGGCUCAUGGUGGCCACUCACAACGAGGCCUCGGUGCUGCAGGCGGCGCAGCGCAUGGAGGAGCUGGGCAUCCCCCGCCGCGCCGGCGGCGUUUGCUUCGCUCAGCUCUACGGCAUGUGCGACCACGUCUCCUUGGCGCUGGGAGCGGCCGGUUUCGCCGCCUACAAGUCGGUGCCGGUGGGGCCGGCGCGGGAGGCGCUGCCGUACCUGGCGCGGCGGGCGCAGGAGCACCGCCAGGGGGCGCUGCGGGGCACGGCCCCCGAGCGCCGCCUCCUGGCCAAGGAGCUGCGCAGGAGGCUCCUGCCGUGGCGCUGAACGAGCCCCCCCCCCCCCCCCCCCCAAAAUCGGCCCAAAAUGGGCACGAAACGGGCACAGAACAUACGGGGGGGAUGGGGGGGACCUGGAAGAGGGGGAGAUAGGCGCGAAAGAGGUGGAAAUGGGGUGAAAAUCGGCGCAAAAGCGCCUCGGAAUGGGCGCGAAUUGGCGGAAAAGAGCCCCGAAUCGGGAUGAAAUAGCCCCAAAUUAGCCAAAAUAAGCCCAAAAUCGGCAUAAAAUAGCCCCGAAUCGGGACGAAAUAGCCCCAAAUCAAUGCAAAAUAGCCCAAAAUCAGGAUGAAAUAGCCUCAAAUCAGGACAAACCAGCCCCAAAUUAGCCAAAAUUAGCCCGAAAUCGGCAUGAAAUAGCCCCGAAUCAGGAUGAAAUAGCCCCAAAUCGGGAUGAAAUAGCCCCAAAUCGGUAUAAAAUAGCCCAAAUCAGGAAGAAAUAGCC